AUCUUUAUCGUCUGCCGCAAAGAGGGCUGAAGGAGAAGCGAGGAAAGGUGAGGCCGAUAGAUAGAGGAGCUGCGGCGCCGCCGGCGAGCGAAGAGUGGAGGAUCCGAUCCGAAGCGAGAGGACUGAAUCCUGCGGCCGGGAGGGACGCGGGACCACGACGAGCGUCGUCGUCGGUGCCAAGCAACGGCAGUUGUCCCUGUCCAGAGCACAGGCAAGAUGGUUAACGCGAUCAAGGGGCUGUUCAUCUCCUGCGACGUACCUAUGGCACAGUUCAUCGUCAACCUGAACGCGUCGAUGCCGCCGUCGGAGAGGUUCAUCGUGCACAUGCUCGACCCUACCAACAUGUUCGUGCAGCCUCACGUGGCGCACAUGAUCAGGAGCAAGAUCGGGGAGUUCAGGGACCAGAACAGCUACGAGAAGCCGCAGUAGUGGAGGAUCUACCGCGUCCUACACUCCUUCCUUGGGACUUGCUUUCGUUGCCUGUAUUAUUUCUGCUGUGAGCUGAGCACCUCAGCGGAAACGAGUACGCCAAAUAGAUCCCACCUGUGGCCUUGAAAUCAUACUGCUAUGUGCUAUAAACGUGCAGAGGGCACUGCUACUGUGCUGCACUUGUGGUAUUCUGGGAUUCUUUUUGUCAGGUCCUUAAAAUCCGUUGAGAAUUUGAGAUC